AUACUUGUAGGUGAUUGGUUCUUGUAUAGGGUGGUGCAGUUUUCAGUCAAAAAAGUGCUUACAGUUUGUUGACGUAUUGUUUUGUUGUUGCUCUGUGUGUGUAAUUUAGUUAGAAUACACAUCAUUGCUUAGAUAUAACUUAUUGUAAUAAAUUUUAGCAAUUAAUUUAAAAAAAAUAUUGAAAUAUGUCUUCUAAUAAUGGGUCAAACUGCACAAUAUCUCCUGUAGUUCCUGAAUACAAUGACAGUCAAGCAAAUGGUGCUGGUGACGGAGUUCGACCAAAAAUUGCACUGAUAACCGGCAUCACGGGACAGGAUGGGUCAUAUCUUGCCGAAUUUUUACUAAAAAAGGAUUACGAAGUACACGGAAUUAUAAGACGUGCCAGUACUUUUAACACUUCACGCAUAGAACAUCUUUAUGCCGAUCCAAAAGCACAUAAAGGUGGUAAAAUGAAAUUACAUUAUGGUGAUAUGACAGAUAGCAGCAGUUUGGUAAAAAUUAUCAACAUGGUAAAGCCAGUAGAAAUUUAUAAUUUAGCAGCACAAUCACAUGUUAAAGUAUCCUUUGAUUUGAGUGAGUACACUGCCGAAGUAGAUGCUGUGGGCACUUUACGUAUACUUGACGCCAUACGUACUUGUGGGAUGGAAAAAGUUGUAAAAUUCUAUCAAGCCUCCACUUCAGAACUAUAUGGCAAAGUAGUGGAAACACCACAGAACGAACAAACACCAUUUUAUCCCAGAUCUCCAUAUGCUUGCGCCAAAAUGUACGGCUUUUGGAUUGUGGUAAAUUAUCGGGAAGCCUAUAAUAUGUUCGCCUGCAAUGGUAUAUUAUUUAAUCAUGAGUCACCGAGGCGUGGAGAGAAUUUCGUAACUCGCAAGAUAACACGUUCAGUUGCAAAAAUAUUUCUAAAUCAAAUGGAAUAUUUUGAAUUGGGUAAUUUGGAUUCUAAACGUGAUUGGGGACAUGCCAUCGAUUAUGUGGAAGCUAUGUGGACAAUGUUGCAGCGGGAUACACCAUCUGAUUAUGUUAUUGCAACUGGAGAAACGCAUAGUGUACGUGAAUUUGUGGAAGUUUCUUUCAAAUAUAUUGGACGUGAAAUAGUAUGGAGUGGAGAGGGUAUAGAUGAAGUUGGCAUUGAAAAAAAUUCUAAUAUUGUACGUGUACGUAUAAAUCCUAAAUAUUUUCGACCAACCGAGGUCGAUCUAUUACAAGGUGAUGCAAGCAAAGCGAAACGUGAACUUAACUGGACUCCAAAAGUAACUUUUAGUGAAUUAGUCAAUGAUAUGAUGGCUGCAGAUAUUGAGCUAAUGAAGAAAAAUCCUAUCGCGUAACUUGUGUAAUCUUUAUUCGUUUAUGUGAUUGUGAUUUAUAUAUUUGUUUUUAGUAGAGCUUCAAAAAUUAUGCGAGUUGAUCGAUCAUCUUUGUUCAUUUUGAUAUUUACGUAUGCAUAUGCUCGGGCAAUAUUUGUAUUUCGUCGUUUGAAAUUGUUUGCACACCAUAUGCUACUAUGAUUCUUAUGAUAUAUUGUAUAUAUGAGAUGUACGUGUUGCUCUCGAACAUUUUCGACGAAGUUCGAACAUCUUCGAUCUAGCUUGAACAUCUUCGACCAAGUUCGAACAUCUUCGACGAAGUUCGAACAUCUUCGACGAAAUUCGAACAUCUUCGAAAAAGUUCGAACAUCUUCGAUCUAGCUCGAACACCUGUUGUAUUCGAUCUAAAUGUUAGAAUACGAAUUUAUUUGAACUGCUCGAACAUUUUGAAGCAUUAGUGUUUAAUAAUCUACUUAGUCGUCAUACUUGUUCAAAGCACAAAUACUUUUAACAUAUAUCUAUCUAUCUAUCUAUAUUUAAACGUGUACAAAUCGUGCUCUUAUGCAUUUUUAUAUAUACUUUAAUAAUCGCAAAAAAUAUGUAUAGCUGAUCGACUAUAAUGCAGGUAUAUAUACUUUUUUCUACUAUUAUUGUUAUUAUAUUUAUAAGUUAUUUUUAAGUGCAUUCGAAUUGAAAUGUUAUAGGGUUUUUAUUACAGGGAAUAAAUGGUGUGCUCUUAUCAGCUGCGUUAUCCUUCAACAAGAACUAUGCAACAUAUUUAAACUUAUGUGCAAUUAUGUUCUUUGAAAAAGAAUACUGAAAAAGAAAACUCUCAUAUAAUAUCAAAGUUUUGAUCAUUUCAACGAUUUAGUAAUUGGAUUUAAAUCCAACUUAUAUUCUUCUGUAUAAUAGGGUCUUUCCUUCUCCCAAGUUUUGAAGCGAUAUUAAGAUAAAGAUAUAGAUAAAAGGUAUUGUCUGUUUUAUUUAAAUAAUUAAAUUGUUUAUACCACCUGAAAUAGAAGUUCCCUAGAAUAGUCAGUGUGUCCUAACUCUAGUAACAUAAUGGACCUAAUUUUGAGUUUUAUAUAAUAUAUAUAUAUUUCUUAUUUGACGAUGAUAUGGCAACCAUUUUCGGCAAAAGCACACAAUUACUUUUUUUUUGGUACACGGUCAUGAACUAAUCCUAACCAAGUCCACAAUACAUCAAACUGGUCGCAGUGCAUAGGGUGGUCU